AUGGCUAUGCAAGAAGUACUUAAAGUAUCGAAGCAGUUGCUUUUGCAUUUGGGACAAUUCGUGUUGAAUUACUGGCAGAGGAGCAUGCAGAUCUUCGUAAAAACGCUUACUGGAAAGACGAUCACCCUUGAGGUGGAAGCUUCGGAUACGAUUGAAAAUGUGAAGGCAAAAAUUCAAGAUAAGGAAGGUAUCCCGCCUGAUCAACAACGACUAAUCUUUGCUGGUAAACAACUCGAAGAUGGCCGUACUCUCUCGGACUACAACAUCCAGAAGGAGUCCACACUCCACCUGGUGCUCCGUCUCCGAGGAGGAAUGCAGAUUUUUGUCAAAACUUUGACUGGCAAGACCAUCACACUGGAGGUCGAAGCCUCAGACACUAUUGAGAACGUAAAGGCCAAAAUCCAGGACAAAGAAGGUAUCCCACCAGACCAGCAACGCCUUAUCUUCGCCGGAAAACAACUCGAGGAUGGCCGCACUCUUUCGGACUAUAACAUUCAGAAGGAGUCCACUCUUCACCUUGUACUUCGUCUCCGAGGAGGAAUGCAAAUCUUUGUGAAGACUUUGACUGGAAAGACCAUCACACUCGAAGUUGAGGCGUCUGACACGAUUGAGAAUGUAAAAGCCAAGAUUCAAGACAAAGAAGGAAUUCCACCUGACCAGCAGCGACUUAUCUUUGCCGGUAAACAACUCGAAGAUGGACGAACCCUGUCGGACUAUAACAUCCAAAAAGAGUCCACACUUCACUUAGUUCUACGACUUCGCGGAGGAAUGCAAAUCUUUGUGAAAACACUCACUGGAAAAACCAUUACUCUGGAAGUCGAAGCUUCUGACACGAUUGAGAACGUGAAAGCCAAAAUCCAAGACAAGGAAGGAAUCCCACCUGAUCAACAACGUCUGAUCUUCGCUGGAAAACAACUCGAAGAUGGACGAACCUUGUCGGAUUACAACAUCCAGAAGGAAUCCACCCUUCACUUGGUACUACGUCUCCGAGGAGGAAUGCAAAUCUUUGUGAAGACGCUGACAGGGAAGACCAUUACGCUGGAAGUAGAAGCUUCUGAUACCAUCGAAAAUGUCAAAGCUAAAAUUCAAGACAAAGAAGGCAUCCCUCCAGAUCAGCAACGACUUAUCUUCGCAGGAAAACAAUUAGAAGACGGACGAACGCUGUCUGAUUACAACAUCCAAAAGGAAUCAACACUCCAUCUUGUACUUCGCCUUAGAGGAGGAAUGCAAAUCUUUGUCAAGACCCUAACUGGAAAGACCAUCACUCUCGAAGUCGAGGCUUCGGAUACUAUCGAAAAUGUCAAGGCAAAGAUCCAAGACAAAGAAGGCAUCCCACCAGAUCAGCAGAGGCUCAUCUUUGCCGGAAAACAGCUUGAAGAUGGCCGUACUCUUUCGGACUACAACAUCCAAAAAGAGUCUACCCUCCAUCUUGUGCUCCGUUUGAGGGGAGGAAUGCAAAUUUUUGUGAAGACGUUGACCGGAAAGACCAUUACCCUGGAAGUUGAGGCUUCUGAUACCAUCGAAAAUGUGAAAGCCAAAAUUCAAGACAAGGAAGGCAUUCCACCAGAUCAGCAGAGGCUCAUCUUCGCCGGCAAACAACUCGAGGACGGUCGUACCCUUUCCGAUUACAACAUCCAGAAGGAAUCAACGCUCCAUUUGGUGCUUCGUCUCCGUGGAGGCAACAACUAAAUCAAUCAUUGCGACUGCGCUUUGUCGAGUUGUGUAAUAAACCUUGUGAAUUAUGUGUCUGAACUACACAAUAUUAUGACUACAACACAUUGAAUACCAUGAC